UCCAUUUUCUCCAUCCUUUUUUCAUUAUUCCAUUCAAGAUUGAUUUUUUUUUAUUACGGUUCAAGAUUGAGUUUUUAUUUGUUUAGUGGGUCAUGUUCUGUACAUCUGUAUAUGUGUAGCGCAGACAAAAAAAAAUAGGUUUUAUGCUCAAUAAAAUGAAUAGGAGUUUAUGUUGGUGAUGAAAUGUGUAUGUAGUUUUUGAUUUAAAACAAAGUGAUGAUAAAAAAAGAGAAUUAGAUUGUUUUUAUGGUAAUUAGUAUGAAUUGUUUGGGUUUGGGGGUUUUGAUGUUUUCUUUAUGGCAUAUCGAAUGCAAUGUUGGUUUUUCCGAAAUCACAAUUAGAAUGGCCAACAUUACGCCUAUUUCCACCGAAUCCUGCAAGAUUGGUUUCAUCGGGGCUGGAAAAAUGGCAGAGAGCAUUGGCAGAGGUGUCAUCAAUUCAGGGGUUUUGCCGGCUUCCAAUGUCCGGACUGCUCAUCUUGGCCUGAGGCGUACUGUCUUUGAAUCAUUUGGCACAAAAGUCUUUGAUCAGAAUAGUCAGGUAGUCCAAGAUAGUGAUGUGGUUAUAUUCUCCGUGAAAUCUCAAGUUGUCAAAGACGUGGUGCUACAGUUAAGGCCGCUUCUUUCAGAGAAGCAGCUAUUAGUCUCUGUGGUUGCUGGAGUCAAGCUAAAAGAUUUGCAGGAGUGGGCUGGUCACAGCCGAUUUAUUAGGGUAAUGCCCAACACCCCAGCUGCUGUUGGUGUGGCUGCAUCUGUUAUUACUCUGGGGGAUGCAGCAACGAAGGAAGAUGGAGAAUUGAUCAGUAAAAUAUUUGGAGCAAUUGGCAAAGUUUGGACAGCUCAGGAGAAGCUGUUUGAUGCUAUCACCGGCUUGAGUGCUAGUGGACCGGCAUACAUCUUCUUGGCGAUUGAAGCUUUAGCCGAUGGAGGUGUCGCUGCUGGUCUUCCUCGUGAACUCUCACUUGGUCUGGCUUCUCAAAUGGUACUGGGAGCAGCAUCAAUGGCAGUGAGCACGGGCAAGCACCCGAGCCAGCUGAAAGAUGACGUGGCAUCGCCUGGUGGCACGACCAUAGCUGGGAUUCACGAACUGGAAAAGGCUGGCUUUCGAGGCAUACUGAUGAACGCGGUCGUUGCUGCUGCCAAGCGCAGCCAAGAGCUUUCUAUGAACUAGAUUCCAUGCUAUAUUUUGCAAAUAAUUACCCAUAUUAUGAGUAUAUGUACUCGUCAUUCUCUCUCCUAAAUAUGGUAGGAUGUCAUUAGCAAUAGCUAAACUAGUAUUUUAUCUCUCUUCUGCAUUAGUUUGAAGAGGGAAAAUAAUGCCAUUAUUUGUUAUUGACAACAUGAUAUAAACAAUUGUGCUUGCUCCUUGACUA